CGGCUUCUCCGCACCUAGCCCGGCCCUGGUGUCAGGAAAUACUUCGUCUUCCUGCGCUACGCCUUUCCUAACUUUCACCUCCCCGGGUACUAUUAGGCCCCAAGUUCGAUCCACAGCGAGAACACAUGAGCAAUUCCAGAUGAUUCCCUUCCCGGGCAGCCGGGAAACCGUCGGUCAUCGGGAUGCGAAAAAGCUUUCCGAGCAUCCUGAUUUCUGGGGACGAGGUGAAAGAGGGUCUUGUCGUCGGGCGCAGGCGUCCCCGGGAACCAAGCUUCUCGGUGCCUAGCGCCCGGCCCUGGCCGCCUGGCGUUACCAGCAAUACUUGUCUCCCUGCCGCGCGCCCAGCGAAGGACCUCCAAACCUCUUGCCCAGCGCGCCUGUCUCGUUCCUCCAUUCGCAGCAAUGGAGAGCGUCGGCAGCGCACCUUCUUUCCUCGAGGAGGACAACCCGACAUUGAAGCAGUCGGAUUCGAUGGCGGCAAUCGCCAUCCACCAACACCUCCAAGAAAUCGAAUCGAGCUUUUCCUCGAUAAUCUGAUUCAUCUUCUCCCAAAUCGCAAGCGCGCCCGCCUCGCUCCCAUCACAGCAAUGGAGAGCGUCGGCAGCGCUCCUUCUUCCCCAACACCUCCUGCUGCCUUCUCCCCGAACGGGCAGCCAAGCAGUUUUCUGGACAAUGGGGAGCGAAAGGAAUCGAACUGAGGGCCUCUUUGGUUUGUCGCGGUCACCUUCUCCUUUCACCCAGCCAGCGGGUUCAGGACAACGAGACUGCGGCUGAAAAGGACCACCAUGAACAUCCUGAAUCGACCGCUCAACCGGGCCACGAUGAAGAAAGUGACCCGUUCCAAACACCCACAAAACCAACAACUCUUACACAUUAAGUCGAGAAAGCGCUGUUUUGGCCGCCGAAUUUGGCUGGGCCGUGUCGCCGUUUUCGACAG